AUGGCCCUCUGCGUUGGAUGACCACAGCAUUAUGCUUCUUUUGCUCAACGCCUGGAAUCCCGCUGGGACUGUCCCCCCGCAGCCACUCGCUCCCAUUCUUCCGGCCUUGCUGCCCAUCCAGACCUGUCCUUUUUGCGCCCGGGUUUUUUUGUUGGCCGUUGACUAGAUCCAUGAUUCGCACUCCGUAAUCCACCUUGCCUCUUCUCGCCAUCCAUAUUAAAAGCCCUCCUCUCCGCCAUUCCGCUACUUGCUCUUUCCUUCUCCUCUUAGCCGCUUGCUCGCCAGUGUACUCCCCUCCCAGUUGCCAUUGGGGCUAUUCUUCACACGUUCAUCAUGCCGUCAAGCCAGCCUUCGGCAGGCGAGCCUGUCUCGCAACCGUCGGCCGCCACCUCGUCGAAAAACCCAAAGUACGAUCCUAAGAAGCCUCACAUCACCGACAUGCCCAUUACCUGGUCGAAUUGGUACCAGCACGUCAACUGGCUGAACGUCACCUUCAUCGGCUUCCUCCCUCUGUCCGGUGUCGUCGCCGCCUUCUUCACGCCACUCCAGUGGAAGACGGCUGUUUGGGCCGUCGUCUACUACUUCUGCACCGGCCUCGGUAUCACGGCUGGCUACCACAGGCUGUGGGCACACAAAUCGUACAACGCCACCUUCCCACUCGAGCUGUUCCUCGCCCUCUGCGGCGGCGGAGCCGUCGAGGGCAGCAUCCGGUGGUGGGCAAGAGAUCACCGCGCUCACCACAGAUAUACCGACACCUCCAAGGACCCCUACAGCGUCCGCAAGGGCCUGCUGUACAGCCACCUCGGCUGGAUGGUCAUGAAGCAGAAUCCCAAGCGCAUCGGCCGCACCGACAUCUCCGACUUGAAUGAGAAUCCGAUUGUGAGAUGGCAGCACAAGAACUAUGUCUGGGUUGCUCUCUUCAUGGGUGUCGUCUUCCCAUCCUUGGUUGCCGGCAUUGGCUGGAACGAUUGGAAGGGUGGCUAUGUCUACUCUGGCAUUCUCCGCAUCUUGUUCGUCCAGCAGGCCACCUUCUGCGUCAACUCGCUCGCCCACUGGCUCGGCGAGCAGCCAUUUGACGACCGCAACUCACCCCGCGACCAUGUCUUCACCGCUCUGAUGACCCUCGGCGAGGGCUACCACAACUUCCACCACGAGUUCCCGUCUGACUUCCGCAACGCUAUCGAAUGGUAUCAGUAUGAUCCAACCAAAUGGUUCAUCUGGACUUGCAAGAAGCUUGGCCUGGCAUACAACUUGAAGCAGUUCCGAGCCAACGAGAUCGAGAAGGGACGUGUGCAACAGCUGCAGAAGAAACUCGAUCAGAAGCGCGCCAAGCUCGACUGGGGUGUGCCACUCGAGCAGCUUCCUGUCAUGGAGUGGGAGGAUUACGUCGAGCAGUGCAAGAACGGCCGUGCUCUUAUCUCUGUUGCCGGUGUAGUUCACGACGUCUCAGGUUUCAUUGAGGAUCACCCCGGCGGACGUGCCAUGAUCAACUCUGGUAUCGGAAAAGACGCAACCGCCAUGUUCAAUGGUGGCGUGUACCUACAUUCAAAUGCAGCGCACAAUCUGCUGUCCACCAUGCGCGUCGGCGUCAUUCGUGGCGGUAUGGAGGUCGAGAUCUGGAAGCGCGAUCAUAACACAGCCAAGGACGCUAUGUACAUCAAGGACGAGAACGGCAACCGUAUUAUCCGCGCUGGCCAACAGGUCACCCGAGUUGCAGAGCCUGUGCAGAGCGCUGGUGCUGCUUAGAUCCAUCAAGAUUUCUUUUUUUUUUCGGCUAGCUUUUUGAUGUUGAUGAGACUAUGUGUAUAUAUGUCCUAUGCCGAGGUCUGAAAUUUUUUUUUAAAGAGGCUUCGGGAGUUUCUGUAUGGCGUUGGCGACUGCUCCUUGUAAAAGCGACUUGUGGGUGGGGAGAGACAACCCAGAAAACUUGUUAAGUUUUCGUGCGUUCGCUGCAAAUGAAAACAAAGUUAAAGAAUGAAUCGACAGCUUUGGACGCUGCACGUGUUGCAGACUGGUUUCCAUGAUGCGUAAAAACCGUCUAUACUCGAACAUUGAGCUCUAAAAUGGCAGAAUUGACGAAAUUGACACGGUCAGAAACCGUGCGACGUUUUGAGUUUGAAAUUUCGAAUAGAUUUCACGUGCACAACUUCAAUUGCCCUGCUGCCUU